UUCCUAUACAGAUUACUCACCAUAAGUUGAAUGGGAGUAACUUUAGGGAAUGGUUUCAGUCAGUUAUGCUGGUUAUCAAGGGAAAAGGCAAGGCUGGUUACUUAACAGGCUCUACUCUUUCUCCACCGAGCACAACAACCACAUAUGAUACCUGGGAAGCCGAGAAUUCCACCAUAAUGGCCUGGCAGAUCAAUUUGAUGGAGCCUAGAAUAGGAAGAACUUACCUAUUCUAUAAAAUCGCAAAGGAGAUAUGGGAUUCGGUCCAAGACAUGUACUCAGAUUUGGAGAACUCAUUUCAAUGCUUUGAAAUCAGAUCUGCCAUUAGGACCACACGACAGGAUAGUACAAAAUAUAGUAAGAUGAUUGAGAAGGAUCGGAUGUUUGAUUUUCUACACGGCCUUAACUAUGAUUUGGAUGAAGUAAGAGGCAGAAUCUUGGGUACAAAACCUCUGCCUUCACUUCGAGAAGCUUUUGCCGAGGUUCGAAGGGAGGAAAACUGAAGAAAGGUAAUGCUAAAUCAACAAGGUGAGUCCCCUUUACCUUACCAAUAUUCUACUUUAGCAAGUUUUAAACAAGAAGAGAGUCAAUCAAGAAAUCUAGGACGAGAGAAGCAGUGGUGUGACCACUGUAAAAGGCCAUAUCAUACCAAGUAAACAUGUUGGAAAAUUCAUGGGAAACCAGCUAAUUGGAAGCCAAGAGGAAAAAAGGAGAGUGGAAGGACAACUUACAUAGUUGAUGCACCAAAGGAAGCAGGAAGCAGUACCAGCCUUAACCUAUUAGAGGAGCAGAUUCAGACCUUAUAUAAGUUGCUGAAUCAAGGUAUAUCCUCUCCAAGUCCUCCUAUGGCAGCUACUGCAUUACAAGGUAAUCCCCAUUACUCUCUAAGUUCUAGCAAACUCUCUAAGAAUACAUGGAUAGUAGAUACGGGUGCUUCCGACCAUAUGGCAUGUUUAGUCUAUUUAAUGACAUAAUACACCCCUUGUGACAACUCUAUAAACAUUUCAAUGGCUGAUGGUACCACCUCUCCAGCCAAAGGACAUGGAACAG